ACUCCUGGCAGUGGUCUUCACCAUGGGCAACAAGCAGACAGUCUUCGCUCAUGAGCAGCUGGAAGCAUAUCAGGACUGCACCUUCUUCACAAGAAAGGAAAUCAUGAGGCUCUUCUAUCGCUACCAGGACCUGGCUCCCCAGCUUGUCCCCCUCGACUAUACCAGCUGUCCUGAUGUGAAGGUGCCCUACGAGCUCAUCGGCAGCAUGCCCGAGCUGAAGGACAACCCUUUCCGCCAGAGGAUUGCCCAGGUGUUCUCUGAGGACGGGGAUGGGCACAUGACCUUGGACAACUUCCUGGACAUGUUUUCCGUGAUGAGCGAAAUGGCUCCCCGCGACCUCAAAGCUUACUAUGCUUUUAAAAUUUAUGACUUUAACAAUGACGGCUACAUUUGUGCAUGGGACCUGGAGCAGACAGUGACCAAGCUGACGCGGGGGGAGCUGAGCACUGAGGAGGUGAGCCUGGUGUGUGAGAAGGUGCUAGAUGAGGCCGAUGGCGACCAUGAUGGGCGGCUCUCCCUGGAAGACUUCCAGAACAUGAUCCUGCGGGCACCCGACUUCCUCAGUACUUUCCACAUCCGCAUCUGAGCGCACCACGGAGAAGAAGUCAGGUCAGAGGAGGACGGGGUGACCCCUCACUCCGCUGUGAAAUCCGGUCUCCCUGGGUUCUGGGAAUAAACACACGUCACUGAGUCACA